GAAUCGAGACGGAGUUUCGAUUGGCCCGGGGACGGUUGACUUGCGCCGUACGCGUUUUGCCUCUGAGCAGUGUUACUUUUUUUCAACAUGGCUGCCUUCCCUGCUGUCAGUAAAUCCGGGCAUUACCACUGCUGAUGAUCUGCAUCCGAAAAGUAUUCCAGUGAUUUUUAGGAUGCCGAGUGCUUCGUUCACAUCAUCUAAAUCCUAUGUGCUGCGUUCGCGUAGAAAAGCUGGAGGUAACCGAAUCCCAACCCCUUCCAGAACCUCAAAUGCGAAACCAUGCGAACCGACGUGUCCCGUCCAGCCCAACCAGAAUGCCCCUGCCCCUUCAGCAGCAGGCAGUUCGACGCCAACCACCCAAGGAACUUCACCGCCGCCUCAAAGCAGCGGCGGCUCAAGCGGCCCUCCUUUAGCGGGCCCACUAGCAGCUCAUCAGUCUCCUUACGAUCUUAGGCGAAAGCCGCCUCAGCACCAGGGUGGAGCCGAUGGCGGAGCCGGAGUUCCAGGACCAAGUACCAGUGCUGCCACUGCCGGUGGAGCUCCAGCUAGUCCUCCUUGUUCAAGUGGAGGUGCCAGCGGCAGCGGUUACAGCUCCUCCAUGCUACCAGCCCGAAAGAGACCCAGGAAGUCGUGUCCUCCUUCAUAUGAAAGUUGUACAAAUACAGCCGCUCAUUACCUCCAGUAUGAGUUGCCGGACGAAGUAGUGUUAACCAUCUUCAGUUACCUGCUCGAGCUGGAUUUGUGCCGCGUCAGCCAAGUGUGCAAACGAUUCAACGUUAUCUCCAAUGACACGGAAUUAUGGAAGCGAUUAUAUCAGAACGUGUACGAGUACGACUUGCCGCUGUUUAGCCUGUCCGCGUGCAAGUUCGAGUUUUUGAGUCCCGAAGAGUGCGAAAUGGCGAAUCCUUGGAAGGAAGCGUUCCGUCAAUUGUAUCGAGGCAUUCACGUGCGGCCUAAUCAUCAAGGAAUCAGUAUGCGCGGACGAAAUCUGAUAUUUUUCAACACCGUACAGAGCGCUUUGGAUUAUGUAGAUGAGCGCAGCGGCACCAACAGCACCACUGGUUCAGUAACAGGCUCUUGCAGCAACCAUUCAACAGAUGGAGGCAAUGCUCAACAAGGAGCGCUGAUUUUCCUGCACGCAGGCACAUAUCGCGGUGAAUUUUUAGUGAUAGAUUCCGAUAUAUCUUUAAUAGGAGCUGGACCGGGCAAUGUUGCAGAAUCCGUCGUGUUAGAGCGUGAGUCCGAAUCCACUGUCAUGUUUGUGGAGGGCGCGAAGAAUGCUUAUGCUGGCUACAUGACGUUAAAGUUUUCACCGGAAGCCACAUCAACCGUUCCUCACCACAAGCACUACUGCUUGGAGGUCGGUGAGAAUUGCAGUCCUACAAUCGACCACUGCGUCAUCAGGAGCACUUCAGUUGUUGGUGCGGCAGUUUGUGUAAGCGGAGUAGGAGCAAACCCAACGAUUCGACAUUGUGACAUUAGUGACUGCGAAAACGUGGGGCUGUAUGUAACUGACUACGCCCAGGGCACAUAUGAAGACAACGAGAUCAGCAGAAAUGCGUUGGCAGGCAUUUGGGUGAAAAACUACGCAAACCCUAUCAUGCGAAGAAAUCACAUUCACCACGGCAGAGACGUGGGCAUUUUCACGUUCGACAAUGGAUUGGGUUACUUCGAGGGAAAUGAUAUUCACAACAAUCGAAUUGCUGGAUUUGAAGUGAAAGCUGGUGCCAACCCAACCGUCGUUCACUGCGAAAUUCAUCACGGUCAGACGGGGGGCAUUUACGUCCAUGAAAAUGGUCUCGGUCAGUUUAUAGACAACAAAAUACACUCUAAUAAUUUCGCCGGGGUUUGGAUCACGUCAAACAGUAAUCCCACUAUCAGAAGGAACGAAAUCUAUAACGGACAUCAGGGUGGCGUCUAUAUAUUCGGUGAAGGCCGAGGACUGAUCGAACACAAUAAUAUAUAUGGCAACGCUUUAGCUGGGAUCCAGAUCCGUACGAAUAGCGACCCCAUUGUAAGACACAACAAGAUCCAUCAUGGACAACAUGGGGGCAUUUAUGUACAUGAAAAAGGCCAGGGUUUGAUCGAGGAGAAUGAGGUGUAUGCGAAUACGUUGGCUGGAGUUUGGAUCACCACGGGCAGCACUCCAGUCUUAAGAAGAAACCGUAUACAUUCUGGUAAGCAAGUCGGUGUCUAUUUCUAUGACAAUGGUCAUGGGAAAUUGGAAGACAACGACAUUUUCAAUCAUUUAUACUCAGGAGUCCAGAUAAGGACGGGCAGUAACCCGGUGAUUCGAGGCAACAAAAUUUGGGGCGGACAAAACGGAGGGGUUCUGGUUUACAAUGGAGGUCUCGGUCUUUUGGAGCAAAAUGAGAUCUUUGAUAACGCCAUGGCUGGAGUGUGGAUUAAAACCGACUCAAAUCCGACUCUAAAGCGAAACAAGAUAUUUGAUGGAAGAGAUGGCGGCAUCUGCAUAUUCAAUGGUGGCAAGGGAAUUCUGGAAGAAAACGACAUAUUCCGUAAUGCACAAGCGGGUGUGUUAAUAUCCACACAAUCUCAUCCGAUUCUGCGGCGCAACCGAAUUUUCGACGGCUUGGCAGCAGGUGUAGAAAUCACAAACAAUGCCACUGCCACGCUUGAAUACAAUCAGAUAUUCAAUAAUCGGUUUGGAGGACUUUGCCUUGCCAGUGGCGUCCAACCAAUCGUCAGGGGAAACAAAAUUUUCAACAAUCAAGAUGCCGUUGAAAAGGCUGUGUCGAAUGGUCAAUGCCUUUACAAGAUUUCGUCCUACACGUCUUUCCCAAUGCACGAUUUUUAUAGGUGUCAGACGUGUAAUACCACUGAUCGGAAUGCUAUUUGUGUUAACUGCAUCAAAACUUGCCAUGCUGGACAUGACGUUGAAUUUAUACGGCACGAUAGAUUCUUCUGUGAUUGUGGCGCCGGCACUUUAACAAAUCAAUGCCAGCUGCAAGGGGAACCGACACAAGAUACUGAUACUCUGUACGACUCGGCAGCUCCAAUGGAAUCACAUACUCUGAUGGUAAACUAGAGGAACUACUUAACUGAGGGCGGCGAUAGACUCAUUGUGUUUCAGAGUAUUCAUUCUGUAAAGAGAGUGUGUGUGUGUCUGUCUCUAGGGUGCGAUUGCACAUAAAAUAAUCUAAGUGAAUUGAAUACAAGAACGAGAUUUUCAAAAAUUGUUCAAAUCUAAUCUGAGGAGGUGUAUCCAAGUCAGUUUCUAUUUGAGUCACUUUCUCGCUCGAUAUUUCUAAUAGAUAUGCCGCAACAAGCUUCAGGAAAUUAAGUAGAUGUUUUCAGUCAAAUACUCCGUUUUGUCGGUUUUUUUUGUAGAAACUUCGCGACGAUAGUUUCAGUCGGUCACAACAAUAAACCUGUACAAAUUUGUACACGUUGGAGCUCAUCACGAAAUAAUGCAAACUAAAAGUCCCAAAACAGUUCGAAAAAAAAGUUGAAAUCUAAUCGAAUAAAAAGUACUUGCUUUCGUGAAUGUGUCCAUACUUCAGACCUGCACCUUCAGUGUGUUCGGAUCAAACCAGUGCUGUUUUUUUCACAGUAAAAUGGUUCAAACUCCUUAAAAAAAACUUGCGGAGAAACCAUUUUUAAUAAGAAAAAGCGGCAUUUAUUCUCUAUUAAUUGUUCUACCGUUCUAAUGAAAUUGUACAGCAAUAUUUGUUAAGAUUAUUUUAUUUAUUUAAGUUUAUACUACCCAUUUAUAGUGUUUACGCUAAUAGUUUAUUUAUAGUUUGGUUUUUUGAUUGCUAUUUACACUGCGUUCAGUAUAAAGCGGUGUGAGAAUAUCGAAAGUCGGAAAUGCUAUGGGGUUAAGAGUUGAUUAUGGUUGAUUAUUAUUAUGAAAAUCCGUAUAAAAUUUUCAAAGCGCCAUAAAAUAUUUCAUCUUUAUUUCCGAUAUUCUUAUGCGAGCUAAUUUACUUUUGUUCACAGUAAGUUCUUUAUUUUGCGUUGUUAUUUCGAAUCGUUUUACAAAGCUUGCAAUAAUUUGUGUAUUAUUCAGACUGGUUUCGAAAACAGAAAAAUUAUAGAUUCUUCUUUGAUCUCGACUCAAUCGAACUUCGUGAUGGCUGGAGCAAACUGCGUCAAUGCAAAAUGGAUUUUAAUAUAUUUUUACAUCGAGUUUAAGAGAAAAACAGUUGAAACGGGCUUCUAGGAGUUAGAGCUGAAAUGCGGGUUCACGCAAACACUAAACUUAACUUUAUGUCAGGAAGUUAGUGGUCAACAAUUUGCACAUUUGGUAAUCGUUGUUGAUCUGUUGUUUACGAGUAAUUCCUAAUUCAGUGAUAUUUUCGCUAUAUGAGAAACUGACCUUCAAAUAACUGUUUUCGCAAUUUACCUAAGCGUUAUUUAGAAAAUUUUAUUUCAUUUUAAAAUCGUUAAAAUCUUAAUUUGUUAGAGCGCUAAUAGUUUUUUAGUUAGUGAUAUGGUGGGCGAAAUGUCCACUGUUAUUUUUGCUGCUUUUUGGCUUUCCAAACUACACCCAAGGUAUAUUUAUGCCGCUCUAAUUAACCGGCAAAAGGCAAAAAAAUAUUAUUUUUAUAUUUAUUGUUCAGACGGUAGAUUUAUGCUUUUUGCCUUUAUUUAAAUUUUCCAAUCUGGAAAUUCGAAAAGUUUUGCAAAUAUUUUUUAUCCUCUUUAUUCUACUGAUUAUGAAUCUAUACUAAACCGGCCAAUAAAGAAACAUUUCCGCCUGUUCGCAGUUAAUCGAAGUGGACGGCAACAAGUAAAAUAUUCUGAAACAACUCCAAUAGAUCUGGUGCCAUAAGCUUUUUCCGCAUGUAACAUACACAUUUAUUAAAUUUACAUAUACAAACUACUUGUCCCUCUGGCGAUAUUGAACAUUAGCUUCCAUUAUUUAUAUAAGGAGACGCGUUUAUCAUUUUAGAAGUGUAUUUCUUGCCUUAUGGAGCGACUUUUUGUACGUUUUUUUUUUAAGUUUGCAUCGUUUUCAACUGGUUGUUUUCAUAUUUUGUUGUGUAAAUAGUACGGUUGUAGGCCAAAAAACCAGCGGGCUUUUUGUGUAUUGUUGUCACUUUUAAUUUGCUUUAUUGAACGAAUGUUCCAAGCCCUGAUCGUUCCUUCAAACAUUUGCAUUGUUCUAUCGAUAAUUUUUUGAUAUGACUGAAGAGAGUUGUGUGUAAAAUAAUUGUAAUAUAGUAUCCUUUUUCUAAUGAUACCCCCUUUAUCGAGUAAAUAGGGUAAGUUGUUAGGCUUAAGUUAAUGUCAGGCUUUAAUGGAUCUACUGACAAGGUCUUUAAUAAAUAGCUAGCACUAUUGUACUGUGUACAUUAUAUACAAAAAAAAUAUAUGGAAUUAAAAGUA